AUGAAAAAGGUGGAGAAGCACUUGGCCCAGUGCGGCCAUGCGGCUCGGGGCUUCUCCAGAUAUUCCCAUAAGCAACCCAUUCAGGAGAAAAGAAAGAGACCAUCCCUUUUUGGCACUAUGCGGGGUAUUCACUUUCGUGAUAUGUUCCCCAAAUGGAACACUAUAACGAUGGAAUAUGCUCGAAAGAAAGAAAAGAACGUAGAGAAAAUGGUAAAAAGAACUUUUGAAGAAUUGCGUAUCAAGUAUGAGGAGGUAAGAAUGAAAUAUCAGGACACCUUAUCCAUUUGGAAAGACGAAAAAACGAAAAUUAGAAAAAGAGUUGUCCCAUACUUCUUGAAGGGGAUGUUCAUGAGAAAUGUAGCUUCUGAUGGACGAUACGUAAAAACUGUCCUACAUAAAAUUUCCUUUGAAGGAAAAUUAUUCUUACAAAACUUGAAGCAUGUCUGUCGAAGCGCAAAUAUACCAUAUUACAGAAAUGUCAUUCAUCACCACUAUAGGAAAGCACCUGUGACGUACACAUUGAUGUCAUUGCACCUUUUGGUUUUUCUUCUUUGGAUGAGUGCAAAACCUGGGGAUUCUUACAACUAUGUUUCGAUGCCCGGAGGUUUUUACUAUCCCAGUUCAAAUGUCUAUUCCCCCUUCGGGGUUAACAAUGCGUCGUCCCGUUCUUCUUCCUCCUUUGGGUUGUUCAACUUCCUAACCACUGAAUUUAUGUAUAACCACUUCUGUUGUGGAGCCCAACAGCUCAGGGAGAGGAAAUUAUACACACUCAUAACCAACCUCAUCAGUCACAACACUGUGCAGUCUCUUCUACUGAACACCAUUUCAUUGUUCUACAUUGGGAGGUCUUUCGAGAUGAUUAUUAAUUCGAGGAAUUUCUUUCUAACAUAUUUUAUCAGUGGGAUGAUAUCAUCGUAUAUACAGAUUUGUUACCAUAAAAAUGGGCGCUCCUCUUCCUAUGGGAAUGUUUAUGUCCUGGGGGCCAGCGGUAGCAUCAGCUCCAUCCUUACGACGUACACCCUCAUGUUUCCCAAGAACAAUAUUUACCUUUAUGGGGUUCUAGCACUUCCCCUGGCCCUAUUCACGUCCCUGUACUGUGCAAACGAGGUCUACUGCGUACUGACGGACAAGAAGGACAACACAGGUCAUAUGGCACACCUCACGGGGAUGUUCCUGGGAAUGCUUUACUAUUAUUUUUACGUUAAGGGGAGAGUAGUCAUGUAA